UUUAAAAUUGGUUAUGUUCUCCGUUCAUCACCAAAAUAUAUCAGUUCACCGCUGCUGCCGUUGAUUGUAUUUCUAGUGUAAUGAAAAUAUUGUCUAGAAUAUUCUUGAAAUGUUUUUCUUAGGCUUAAAUUUGAUAUACAUUAUCAUAGACAGAGACAAGUCAAAUCCAUUUAACAGGCCCUCCGAGUAUGAAUGCAUUUGAUGUCUAUUGUCGUCAAGGGUAGCAAAAUUGGUUAAUUGUGCAUUAUGUAUAAUAUUCAUUUUCCGCGCCACCUGUAUAUAUGCACGAAGAUACUAGUAGUAUUACAUUUUUUCUUCCCUUCAACUUGUAUCACAGUAGCCAAGAGUUCAUUAGUUGCCUAAAAUUGUGUUUUAUUUUCUUAAGGAAAUACAGCCGCUAAGCUUAGACAAACUACGUGCGAAUAUAGUCAAAAUAUUUGUACAAAAAAGUGAGUGGGUAGUAUUUUGCAAGGUAAAUACAGGAUUUUAUUUCACAGCCUGUUCUGAUGGGAAAUUAAAUGACUCUGGAUCUUUCUACUCACUGCGUCCUUCUAUCACCACCGGGUGGCAGCAUUAACACGCAAGUAAGCCCCACCCCAGACAGAAUUAUACUAUACAGGUAUUGCCAUCAGCAUAUUGAAUAUACUGUAUUCCCCAAAUUUUCUGACAUUUUCCUCUUCACAUAUAUUUUCACCAUUGUCAGCAAUAAAUGUCUUGGAGUCUGUCUCCAAGCAAGUACAUACCAGGCAAAAUCACUGUGUAUUUCUCCAUGUGUGCUUUUCUUCAUGUGAUCAAAGGAUUGCCAAAAAGACAGUUUCUUCCUUAGCAUGCAGAUUUAUUGAGGCCAAUUUCCCUAAGGGUCACAUGUCCAGAGGAAUGGAAACCGACCAUGAUCGACUUUAAACUUUAAACCAGGCGGAAAGGCAACAAAUGAACAGCUGACGACAGAGGACUGAGUUGAGUGCGAAAAUUCAAGCACAUACAAAGAUGAUAAUGCAGGUUAAUUUCUACUCUGUGUGGUGACAACUGCGACACCCAUUUAGCCGUCUUAUCUCUUCUUAAUUCCCCCUGAACGACGGUCUGCCACUGCUGUCGCCUAUUUCAGAUCUUUAAUAACCUUUGAGUGCAGACUGCAGCAGGACCACCGGGCUUUCCUCAUCCUCGAAGAGCAGACAAAUGAGGUUCAGCUACCAGCCAAUGAGAAAGAAGUGACAUUUUUUCCCCCCAGAGGAUCUAUCAAGUGUUUCCAGGUCCUGCAGAGGAGAAGUGCAGGUUUCCAUCUGGCCCCCACUUGUCUGCUUUAGAACCCUCGCUUACCCCUUGGGACAGGCUUACUCCCACCCGGCUUGCCCCCCGCCUCCCCACAUCCUCAUCAGCUGUAGGAUGACUGCAGCUCUGUGCUGACGAGGCGUCGGCGAGCAGCAGUAAUGGACGCUGCGCUGGCCGGAUUCCCCGCCACCCCCUCCGAUACCGCUCUGCCACCCUCAGCACCACCGCCUCUCCCACACUGCCCCCCCAGGACGGGCGCUCCCCUCGGCCCCGCUGAUGGGCGAAGACACUGAGGCCACCCCGACGCUCAACCACCGCGGCUUCCUCCCUGACCACAACUAUGUGACUGAAGCAUUCUCCAAAGCGUCUUGCAGCAUUGCUGAAGUCUGCCAAAUAAUUAGCCAACAUUGCUGAAAGGCGCUGCCUUAGUGCUGAAGGGAGAUAUAAUGAGAGGGCUGCUCCUGGCUAUAGCCUGAAGAGCUCCGCCCAUCCCGUCCACCCCUCUCCACCCUGGAGACCUCCCCCAGGAUGUUGAGCCCCAUCCAGGUGCUGUGCUCCGACAUCACUACCCUUUCUCUGGAGCCUGAGCCGUUUGCCUCUUACACUGAAGCCGACAUCAUCUCCACUGUUGAGUUCAACCACACGGGAGAGCUGCUGGCCACUGGGGAUAAGGGAGGACGAGUAGUCAUCUUUCAGCGAGAACCUGAGAGCAAAACUGAGCUAUUCUGCCAGGGAGAGUACAAUGUCUACAGCACUUUCCAGAGCCAUGAACCCGAAUUCGACUACCUUAAGAGCCUGGAGAUCGAGGAGAAGAUCAAUAAGAUCCGAUGGUUGCCUCAGCAGAACGCGGCACACUUCCUCCUCUCUACCAAUGAUAAAACCAUUAAGCUGUGGAAGGUGAGUGAACGAGACAAACGUCCAGAGGGAUACAACCUCAAAGAUGAGGAGGGUCGCGUCAAGGACAUUUCCACUGUUACUUCCCUACAGGUGCCUGUUUUAAAGCCCAUGGACUUAAUGGUGGAGGUGAGCCCGCGGCGAGUGUUCGCCAACGCCCACACCUAUCACGUCAACUCCAUCUCUGUCAACUCUGACCACGAAACCUACAUGUCGGCCGAUGACCUUAGGAUAAACCUUUGGCACCUGGACAUCACUGACCGCAGCUUCAACAUUGUGGACAUUAAGCCAGUCAACAUGGAGGAUCUGACCGAGGUGAUCACAGCAGCAGAGUUUCACCCCCAUCACUGUAACCUUUUUGUGUACAGCAGCAGCAAAGGCACCCUGCGCUUAUGUGACAUGAGAGAGGCGGCGCUGUGCGACCGACACUCCAAAUUGUUUGAGGAGCCAGAGGACCCCAGUGCUCGCUCCUUCUUCUCUGAGAUCAUCUCCUCAGUGUCUGACGUCAAGUUUAGCCACAGUGGCCGCUAUUUGCUCACCAGGGACUACCUUACUGCCAAAGUGUGGGACCUCAACAUGGAGAGCAAACCCCUGGAGACCUACCAAGUUCACGAUUACCUCCGCAGCAAGUUGUGCUCCCUUUAUGAAAAUGACUGCAUCUUCGACAAGUUCGAGUGCGCCUGGAACGGCUCUGACAGCGUGAUCAUGACAGGGGCCUACAACAACUUCUUCCGCAUGUUCGACCGCAACACCAAGCGCGACGUGACCUUAGAAGCGUCCCGGGAGAGCAGCAAACCCCGGGCCGUACUCAAGCCGCGUCGAGUGUGCGCUGCCGGGGGCAAGCGGCGCAAGGACGACAUCAGCGUGGACAGCCUGGACUUUACUAAGAAGAUCCUGCACACGGCCUGGCACCCGACGGAGAACAUCAUCGCCAUCGCCGCCACCAACAACUUGUACAUCUUCCAGGAUAAACUCAACUCGGAGAUGCAUUCUUGAGCACGGGUCGAGAUGUAACUAUGCCAGAAUGUACGCAAUCAUAGGACAAAGCCUAAAGAGACAGGACGCCAUACCACGUUGCAUUCAAAACUCAUAAUUUCUCAUCUACCACAAACCUCCAAGGACCUCAAGUAGGCCAGAAUGGGAUUAUGGAGGGGAAAAUCGAUGUGUUGAUUGCUACUUCAGCCUCUGGGGAGCAGAAACCUCAGACUGAAAAGAUGUUUACAUCUCCUUCAUUUUCCACCUCAUCCUGCUCUUUUUAACCUCAGAUGUACUCCGGUCCAAACCAUUUCUACCAGCACCAGUGAUGAUAAAUGGGGCAUUGAUGUUACUGGUUGUAAUUUUACUUUGAAGUCCAAUUUCAUUUCCCUCCCUUCUUGAUAAUGAUCUAGUAAUGAUGAUGACGACAACAUGAUGACGGCUAACCUGAGAUCUCUUCGGUUCGUGGGAGACUCGCAUUCCUUCAGACAGAAGCAGAAUUGUGGUUUCUCGUGUGGACGCACACAAGUUUCUUCUCCACACGUUUGCAAAUCCCCUUACAGAUUCUGCUUCUGGUCUGCAGCUGCAUUUUAUGAAGCAAAAAAAGUUUGUUUUUUUGUUUUCAAAUCAGCAAUUAAGCAAGAAUAUGCUGCAUGUCAAACUGAUUUAGCCUACUAGACUGACUUGGCUGCCUUUUUAACAUUUAGAACCUGCUGUACAAAAUGCUUACAGCACGAAGAAACCACAAAUGACCGAACUCUUUACCUUUGCGUCUAAAAACGCUAACGCAUGUUUACUGAUGUUCGGUCCAUACGCUUACAGUUGGAAUGAUGCUGGAUAGAAAUCCAUCCAGUGCAAAGGAGAAUCAAUACAAAUGGAAAAUGUUUUGCGUUGUUGUUGUACUCUAAAAGAAAAAAAGGGCCUAAACGGUGUCUGUAUGUAUCUUUUUUUUUUUUUUUUUUAGACAACUUUUGAGUUUUCUUUUAAUCCAUAAACUGUGGGCUCAGUGAUUUACAAGAAUGAUUGCCUCCAAAGCGAUAGCAGAGAGAUGCGAGUUUCAUCUUCUCAGCCUUCUUCACAGAUUACUUUGCUAAUGUGCAGAAUUGUUUAUUUUUGGAGAACAAAUUAUUCUUUUAUUUCACUUUUUGAAUAAAAAAAAAAAUCAAUUUUCUCCACAUGCUGACCAAACUAAUGUCAAUUUUUGCAUAUUUUUGUGCUCAUGUACGUUGAUGACAAACCUGUCAAACAGGCAGGUAUAAACAAUGCUGAUGUUUUUUGAAUAAAGAUUUCAACAAUUGCA